CCGCGCCGUCCGCCCGCGCCGCCGCCGCUCCCCCGCCGCCAUGUGGGCCGCAACGGCGCGUCCGUGGGGCCUUCCCCGGGGGCUCCUGGCGCCGCCCUGGGGCCCGCGCGCGGCUCUCCUUCCGGGUGGCGCCCGAGGCCUGCGGGGCUCGCCGGUCCCCUGCGGCAAGAACCUGCUCAAGAAAUUCGCCUCGAAAACUAGAAAGAAGUUUUGGUAUGAAGGCCCUUCGUUGGGUUCUCACUUGACGUACAAGCCGUCCCGGUUGGACUUCCUAACGAAGACUACUGCAAAGAAACCCAGGAGGGACGACCAUGUGCGCCUGCGGGCACUGAACGGCCUCCUCUACAAAGCACUGAUGGACCUGCUGUGCACCCCUGAAGUGAGCCAAGAGAUCUGCGACCUGGACGUGCAGCUCUCCAAGGUCUCUCUGACUGCAGACUUCUCAGCCUGCCGUGUGUACUGGAAGACCACAGUCUCCGCCAAGCAGAGCGCACACACAGAGGCUGUCCUGCGGGGGAGUGCUGCCCACAUGAGGCACCUUCUGAUGGCCCAACAGAUCCUAAGGAACGUGCCGCCAAUAGUGUUCAUUCAGGACAGAGGCAGUUUGGCUCUGGCGGAGGUUGACCGGUUACUGGCCAGUGCUGAUUUUGGAGCCCCGGACAAGAAAGAAGACUCUGUGCAAGACGAUGUCAGGAGUCCCAGGGCCCUGGACGCUCCUACACAGCAAGUCACUCUGGCCUCCACUACGUGCUCAAGUCUGUGCGGCAUUGAUCAUGAGGCGCUCAACAAACAAAUCAUGGAGUACAAGAAGCAGAGAGGGCAAGGCUGUAGGACUGUGAGCCCUGAGGUGUCGCAGCUGACAGCUGGUCUGGCAUCACAGACAAGAGCAGGAAAGGUGGUGGCUGUGCCCUGCGCAGACGGUGACCUCUCCCCCAGGAACCACCUGUCGGGGGCGGGGAGCACUAAGCCCCACCCUGACCUCAGUGGGGCUUGGGGUGUGGACAGCAGCUCCGAGGAACAGAGCAGGGGGCGGUGAGGGACCAAGGCAGGAAGGGUGGAGGUGACCAAGUGGCGGGGAGGGGGUGAGGUUCCGGCUCUGCCAGCAGAACCACGGGCUCCACAUGUACUGCACAGCCUGGCAGCGGGUGGACUCAUAGCUCUAGCUUGGGUUAGACGCCUGUGGAAAUUCUUUAGGUGGAUGGCACCAGUCGGCCCACUUAGAGGCUCAUGGGGCACUUGCACACCAUCUAGAACAUGCACAGCUGCCUGCUGCAUUGUUCCCAGUUAGGAAGGCAGAGUGUCGCCAUGUUUGCACGUUUCAGCUCAUGCCCGAAAAGCCGUCCUCAGGGUCUCCAUAAGAACGGCCCUGAGUCUGCUUUUCCCCAGGGCAGGAUGGCCGUGGUGUGCCUUGUCGGACGAGUACCGUUGGAAGGAAGUAUAAUAAAUCUUUAAGUCUGA